AGGAAAUAAUGGCUCAUCACAACUCUUCCCGAAAGAAUGUUGACUUCCUUUGCAAAAGCUUCAACCCCAAAGACCAAAUAAAGCCAAAUAAACGGUUCAACAUAUUCCCUCUGAACGAGAACAACUUCCACACAGAAAUGUUUUUGAAAUAAAAAUAGAUUUGGGAUGAAUUCUCCCAAAACUAAGGAGCAAAAAGAGAGUGCCAAACCUUCAAUAAAGUCAGUCCAGAGCGAUCUGGAGCCAAGUGAGAUGUUUAACUUCUCUUUCCAGGAUCUCUCCCUCGAGAGCAAGAUAAACCACUUCUGGAAGCAAUUUCUGGACUAUGUCCAGAACAACAAUAAUAAUUGUGGAAUCCUCAAACUAGUCAAGAAGGAAAGACUGAAGAAGGACAUUUUCGAAAUGAUUGAUGAGACAGAUAAAGAUCUGGUCAUGCAGAACUUUAAUGUCUUCAGAGCUCUUGUCUUUCAGAAAAUCAUUUACCCUGAGCUUUUAGAGAAGAAAAAGUCUUUACUCAAGAAUGAAAGUGAUAUCUCUACGCUUAUAGAAUGCCUUAAUGACUCAACUCUGUUUCUGAUUUCCCAGAAAAGGUUCGGGUAUAAGACUGCUGACCCAAAGGAGUUGAAGAAAAAGGGAUUCUUUAAGUUAUUGCCAUUUAAAGGUCUCAAUUCUCCUUCAAGGAAUGCACAAAGACGCAAACAGCUUAUAAAAUCACUUACUAAUAAGUUUGGGUUUACUUUUGAUGAAGAUACAAAGCCAAAACCAUUUGAAUUGAUCAAAGAGAACAGUUUUAAGGCUAGAGAAUAUUACAAGAUGACUUCUAUGAAAAGCUUAGGGAAUACCCCUGAUAAUACAUGUAAUAUCGAACCAAUUAUGAAGAAAAUUGAAGAAGGCCGUGAUUUUGACGAUGAAGCUGACUCCUCUCCAGAUACAUUUUCAAACCGGCAUGCAGAAACACCUGCUGAAAAUAACAAUCUCCGUUGUUUCCGAAAUAAACAAAAGAAAGUUCACCCAUCUAAAUUUAAGUCCAGUACCAGAAUACUUGAACUAUGACCAGAAAAGCUUCAGAAGAAGGAUGAAAAAGUUUGAAGGACGGAGCUAAGAAAGGUGGCUAAUUACAAAAGUCGACUAAAGUCACGGAUUAAAAUAAAACCUAAGAAGCCUCAAGGACCAACCAAUUCAACCAUAACCGAGUGCUUAUCAAUGAUUAUGAAUAAGAUUAACUCAAGAGAGAAGAACAUAUUAUCGCUAAAAAGCAAGAGUAGACUAAGGAGUAUUUCUCCCUUAGCAAAGAAGAUAAUUUCCCCACCUGGGUACAAAUAAGCCAACCUGUUCAUCAAAUCUGCGGAAUUUCCAUGGUAAAAUUCAAGGAAGGUUGCCACAGUUUCAGAAGCUUGUAAUAAAGAACUGUAACAUGAAGCAGAAGCCAGGAUCUCCAGGGGUUAAGAGCCCGAAAUCAGCAGGAAUUAGGAACUUUGAAGAGAGGAUUUGGAUCAAGAAGCUUAAAAAGAAUAUGUAUUUUAGCUCUAUGUAG